GGAUCCGGUUCGCUCGCUGCUCGGUUACUUCCGUGUUCUUAUCUGCAUUCUGCACAUUCUGCACAAGGACAAACUCCGUCUGCUCGUGUGGUCGCGUGUUCCAGUCAUGGCUCGACAGCUGCUCAGAGGAGCUUUGAGAGGAUAUUUCACCUCUCCGCUCCGGAUGGGAUCCGAUCAGCUGGGUGAGCUGGGGAGAGGAGCAGGGAAAGGUGGAGGAGCGGGCGGCUCGGUGAGGGAGGCCGGAGGAGCCUUCGGGAAGAAGGAGGCCGCGGAGGAGGAGCGCUACUUCAAGCAGAAGGAGAAGGAGCAGCUGGCGGCUCUGAAGAAGCAUCACGAAGAAGAGAUCGAUCAUCAUAAGAAGGAGAUCGAGCGUCUGCAGAGAGAGAUCGACAGACACAAGGGCAAGAUCCGGAAACUCAAACACGACGACUGAAGCACUACCAUCAUAAUCAUCAUCUUCAUCAUCACAUUGUGUGCCUGAGACCCCCCCCCCCCCCCCCCUCUCUCUCUCUCUCUGCCUGUAACGCCGUUAUUCGCAUGUCUCCAUACUUUAGGAAUAAACCAGUGUUGAAUAAACAGUUUGAAAAGGUUUAAAUAUGUUGCUGUUAUGAAAAAUAAAGCACUCCGGAGUUUA